AUGAUACCGACGAAACCAUUAACGGCGGAACAAAUCGCCCGUCAACAACGUAAGAUUGAAAAAGACCGUCGAAGAAAACAAUAUGAAGAUUUACAAGUUCAGGGGACCAAUAAUUCAUCUAUUGUUUCGAAAAGAAGUGUUGAAAAAAUAUAUGAUACCAAAUUACAUCCUGAAGAGAAAGAAUGGUUUGCCAGUUUUGUAUUCAAGAAGGUUGUAAGACGUUCACCUGCUAUUAAUCGUGGAUAUUGGAUUCGUAUGGAAAGUAUAAAGUCGCUAGUUAAACAAAUUGUGAAAUUAAAUCCUGGCAAAGUUGUUAAUGUGAUUAAUUUAGGGUGUGGAUUUGAUCCAUUACCAUUUCAAUUAUUUAAUUAUGAUGAAAAGUUGAAAUUCAUUGAUAUUGAUUAUCCUGAAUUAGUCGAUAAUAAAUAUAAAAUGAUCAUUGAUAGUGAAGAUAUCAUGAAAUUAAUCGGUAGAGAUAAUAAUACUAUCAAUCAAACCGAUGAUUCAGAUGGUAUUAAACUCGGAUUAAAAAUCAACCAUGAUAGAUAUAAACUUAUCGGAUGUGACUUGAAACAAUCGGAACUUUAUGGCAAACAAUUAUCUCAUUUACUCACCAAUAAAGAUGAAAUCAAUGUAUUCAUCGCUGAAGUAUCCCUUGCAUAUAUGAAGAAUCAAUAUUCAAAUAAGAUUAUCGAAAUCAGUAGUAACCUUCCUAAUAGUCAUUUCCUUAUCCUUGAACAGAUCUUACCUGAUCUGGAAUUGAAUAGUUUUGCCCAAAAGAUGAUUGCUCAUUUCGAUAAAUUACGAAGUUCAUUAUAUUGUAUCAAGAAUUAUCCUACAAAGACCGAUCAAAUAAUUCGAUUUAAACUGUAUUUCCCUCAUGUUGAGAUUAAUAAUCUUUUUGAAAAUUGGCAACAGUUGAUUGAAACAGAUGUCAAAGUUGCGAUUAAUAAUAUUGAACAGUUUGAUGAAUGGGAAGAAUUCAUUAUAUUUUGUCAACAUUAUGUGAUCUUACAUGGUUGUAAUAUUGAAGGCCAAUCCUUGUAUAAAGAUAGUCAUGCAUCAAAGACUCCUACAUAUGAAACAAGUUCAUCUAUAUCAUUUUCGUUGGAUGAAAACUUAUGUCAUGAUGAAAGAUUAGAAUUAAAAUUCCCAGGGAUAUGUGAAUUAGGUGAUAAGAUAUUAAUUCAAGGUGGAUUGAAACAAUCAAGAACAAAUGAGACAUUAAUUGUCAAUCCUAAGGAAUCCACCAUUGAAAUUGUUGAAAAUAAUGGUGAUGAAGUUCCGGCUAGAAUGUGUCAUACAAUCACUUCCAUCAAUAAUGAAGAAACAAUCUUAAUCGGUGGUAGAACUCGACCUGGGGUUAAUCUUAAAGAUAUUUAUAAAUUCAGGAAUGAGAAAUGGAUUAAAUUAACCGAAAUGAAAGAAGGUAGAAGUAGACAUUGUACAGUUAAGAUUGAUUCUGAUCAUAUUUUAAUCUUUGGUGGAUUGGAAUAUGAUAGUUCUGAAGAUUUAUUCAUGAUCUAUCAAAUUUCAACUAAUGAGUUCUAUCCAUUGAAGAUUACCGGUGAUCAAAUUACCAAUCUUUUAGGUAGUGAUGUUGAUUAUAAUGGUCAAUAUGGGAUUAUAUUAGGAGGAAUGAUAAAUGUUGAUGAACCUUGUGUGAAUGAUAAAUUAUAUAAAUUCACCAUUGAUUUAAAUCAUAAGUCCAUUCAUUUAACUAUCAUUGGAGAAGAUUCCUACUUAUUUAGUAGAAUUGGAGGUCAUGUCAAAUUAAUCAAUGAUCGAAAAAUGAUUAUUAUGGGAGGUAUAUCGCCUAAAGAUAUUUAUACAUAUCAAAAUAACGCCAUAAGUUUAGAAAUCAAAGAAGAAGGUUACAAAAUAGAGUAUAUUCCGAUUGCGGAUAAGAUUAGACAAGUUAAAUCACCAUUAUUGAUUGGAUUCGGAGUGAUUCAUGAUAAAAGUUCGAGACAACUUACUAUUAUUAGUGGAGGAGCUGUUUGUUAUUCAUUUGGUAGUGGAUAUAAUGGAGUGUAUACUAUUAGAUAUUAA